GAAAAACACAAAAAAAUGAAAAAUACUGUCGACCCCUUCCUUCCUCCCUCCCUCCCUCCCUUAUCAUCGUCUCUGUCUCUGUCUCUGUGUCUCUCGAAUCCCACAGAUAACACAGAGCACAGAAGCGAGACGACAGAACACAACACAGAAGAGAGAGAGAGUGUUGGAUACGUUGUGGGUUCGUCCUCUCAGCAAUCAUCCCCGAACCUCCACCCCUCAUCAAUGGAAGGAGAGGCUGUCGAUUUCCACGACGACUGGGAGCUCCUCCUCGACUCCCCCCAUCCCGCCGUCGAGGCCCAGCGCGGCUUUGAUCCCAUCGAGGAUGACUCCGAGGGCAUGAUUCGGGCUGAUUACUUCUCCAUCGAUGGCUCCAAGCUCUACGCCAAGACCCCCCUCGCCCCCUCCGACUCCGCCGAGUCCGACAACCCCAGCUGGGUCGACCCCGGCUAUGACUCCCAGUUCGCGGCGAGGAACCCCGCCGAGCUCUGGUCUGAUUCCGGCAGCGAUCUCUCUGAUGAGCGGAAGUUCUCUGAUUUCGGGCCCGCGGAGGGCAAGAAGGAUCCCGGAGCGUUCGAGGGACCGGGGGCCAAGGACGGGGAUGUGGGGUUCGGGUUCGACAGUGGCAAAUUGAGCGAGUUUGAUGUGAAGAGUGAAGUCGUGAGAGGGGAUUUGGGAGAAUUCACGGCGCCCGGUCGGGAUUCUGGCGGCAACCAGUUCUGGUCCGAUUCUGGCGGAGACCGAUUGGACAAGGAGAAAUUCGAUGCUGCUGAAUCGAGGGCUGAGCCAAAAGCUCCAAAGGAUGAGGGCGAAAGCACGGCAAUAGAGAAGGUGACUGUGGGGGCUGGGGGCGAGAGGAGGAGGAUUGUGUGGUGGAAGGUGCCAUUUGAGGUGCUGAGAUACUGCGUGCUGAGGGUCGGCCCUGUCUGGUCCUUCUCUGUGGCGGCUGCGGUGGUGGGGCUCGUCAUACUGGGCCGGCGACUGCACAAGAUGAAGCAGAAGAGCCGUACCCUGCAGCUCAAGGUUACUCUCGAUGAUAAGAAGGUGUCCCAGUUCAUGAGUCGUGCUGCGCGUCUCAACGAAGCAUUUUCGGUGGUGAGGCGGGUCCCCAUAGUACGGCCAGCCCUCCCGAGUCCUGCAGCUGGGGUCGCUCCAUCAUGGCCCAUGAUGAGUCUCAGAUGAGUUACGAUCCUCUCCUCUCCUCUCUGUUGCCUCCCCAUCCCCUCCUAAAUAGUUAUAUGGCCAGGCAAGCGAUAAUGCAAAGUAAGUCCAAUGUAAAAGUACAUGGUGUUAUUCCAGUUGUUGCUUUUGGUUUGUAAGCGAUACGGCACUUGCUCUUGUGUAUAAUAACUCACUCUCGAACAUCGCCUUGUUACAUGUCUGUUUAUGAAUGGUGGACCCUACUAUUUGAUUUUGAUUAGUUGAUGCCUUU